AUGGAAUCCAUCACCUACACCGUCUACACGGGCAUCUUUGCCACUCUGAUCCCCUCGUCGCUGCUGCUCGGCCUGCGGUUCUACGCGAGGAGGUUGAAACGCGUGCCGCUCUGGUGGGAUGAUUAUCUGGCCGUGCUGGCGCUGGUGUCUGCCAUUGCCUAUGACAUAGCCGCAUUCGUUUUAAUGUCAAAGGGCCUUGGCCGGCAUCUCAGCGACCUCCAUAUGUCCGUUGACGAAGCGCGCUACUACCAGGCCAUGUUUCUUGAAAUCCACGAGCACAUGUAUACAGUGGCCAUUGCAGCUGCGCAGUUAUCCCUGCUGGCGCUGUACUGGCGCAUCUUCAGCUCCAUCACCGGUCCAAGGAUAUGCAUCUACAUCUUUGUUGCGCUUGUGGGCGGUUGGUGUCUGGUGCGAUUGGUUGUCGCCGUAUUUCAGUGCUUUCCGCCGCGCUACUUAUGGGACAAGUCGGUUGCUGGCGGCGUGUGUACGGUGAACCCGGCCAAGUUCUUCCUCUGGUCCGUCUCGGCACAUCUCGUUAUUGAUGUUGCCCUCAUGGUGCUGCCAGCAACGCAAAUCAGCAGGUUGCUUCUCCCCUGGCCGCAAAAGAUGGCCAUUGCCGUCAUGUUCAUGUUUGGCAUUGUUGUUGUCAUUGCCUCCAUCAUGAUGCUGGUCGCCUCGUCCAGAUACGACUCGGACGACAGCGACGUCAUGUGGAAUUGCACGCCUGCCCUGAUGUGGUCCGCGGUAGAGAUCCACCUCAGCGUCAUAGCAUGCUGCCUCCCCGUCAUGAGACCAGUCAUUCACGCCCUCGGAGGUUGGUGGGGGCACAACUUCUCGUCUCGCAAAUGCGCCAGCGCGCCAACGUACAAUCCGGUCAAACUGGGCCUCGUCCAUCACACGGCGGGCGCCGUGGAAACUGGCGAAUCCACGCACAACCUUACCAACUCGCCGGAGAGCAGUCUGACAGCCAUGGCGGCCGACUCGGGACGAAUAUACGGACAGGGCGCGGGGUCGGAUACCGUCAUCAGCACGGGCAAAGCCGGGGAGAAGCUGAGACCCGUAUUGCCGACGAGAAGCACGAAUGGGGCCAUACUGGUCCAGCACGAGAUUGAUAUGAAGUUUUCCAGACGAGCUUCCCAAGGUCGAUAG